GGAAGCUGAUUUUGAUCUUCCUAUGAAUUUUUUUGAAGAAGAGGAAGAGAAUUAAUUUGAAGAGGAUCGUGAUUUUUUUGAGAAAGAACAGGUUGAGUUGGAAAUUAUUAAGGACAGUGCAACUGUUGAAGAUGAGCCAAUUGAGGAAAAUCUUAGGGAAGUGAAGAAGGAAAAGGCCAACGAAUUAGGUCGCAUGAAAAUUGAUUUUGACUUCCACAGUCAACAAAAUUCUCUCGACUUUAAAAAGAAAAAUUUUGUGAAUUUUGAAAAAUCUUUGGAACCUUUUAUUGAGGAAAAUUUUAAGAAACCAAUAAAAGAGAAAGCAAGUGACUUAGGUCGUAUGAAAAUUGUUCUUGAUCCCUGUAAGCAAGAUGUUUUGGAAUUUAAAAGUAAGGAUUUUGAGAAUUUAGGCAAGGAAUCUGUGCCACUGAAAGAAUAUAUUGGAAAAGAAAAUUUUAGUGAAUGUGGAAAAUUAAAAUUUUCUUCUGAUCAAGUUUUGAAAUUCUCCAAAACAAGGAAAAGAAAGAAUUUUACUGUGAAGGUUAAAAAAAAUUGGAAGAAAAGUAUUAAGAAAAAUGGAAAUUUUAAGGGAAUUGUUAAAUCAAAUGUGAGGAAACAAUUUGAAGAAUAUUCUUUUUCUAUGCAAUAUUCUUUUCUGAAAAAGAUUAACUCAAAGAUGAAGCUUCUCAAAGUUUCUGAUUUAAAAAAAAUUAAUGCUAAGAUGAAAAAGGGAAAGAAGCAAGGAAAAUUCGGUUGGAGAAAAAGGAAAAUCAGGGGACGAUUUUUCCAUGGAGUUCGGAGGCGUCUUUGCUUGAAAGACAUGAUCACGAAGAUCAAAGCCUCUAAGCAAUUUAGGAAAUUUCUGAAGGAGAAUUACCAAAAAAUGCUUGACAUGAGAUCAAAAAAAAACUUGCCAUUUGUCUCGGUGACAAAGCAAGUUAUCCAGACGUCCCAAAUGGCAAUGUUUUUCAUCGAUUUGACUAGGAUACCCACCAAAACAAGUGAAUUUAAACCGGUCUCGGCGACCUGGGUUCUCACAUACUGUAUCCAUUAUCAUCCUAACACGACUGCCGACUGAAUGAACUUUUUCAAAAUAUUGACUUGACUUUCAGCCACCCAAAGACCUUUCGAAGAAGCUGAAGAAAUCGGCAAGGGACGCCUCAAUUUAAAGAGAGACUUCCAAUACUCCAAAGAUAUAAUCCCUCGAAAGAAAACCCCUAAAAAAUUGGGGUAAAACAAAAAUUUUUUCAAAAAUUUUAUCGUAUAUAAGCA